AUGAACAGUGCUUUUGAGUAUACGUUGAAAGCUGGUGGGCUUAUGAGGGAAGAAGACUAUCCUUACACAGGGAGUGAUGGUGGAAGAUGUAAAUUUGAUAAAAACAAGAUUGUAGCAUCUGUGAGUAAUUUCAGUGUGGUGUCCCUUGAUGAAGAUCAGAUUGCUGCUAAUCUUGUAAAACAUGGUCCUCUUGCUGUGGCUAUCAAUGCGGUUUAUAUGCAGACAUAUAUCGGGGGAGUGUCAUGCCCAUAUGUAUGCUCAAAAAGGCUAGACCAUGGUGUACUAAUGGUUGGUUAUGGUGCUUCCGGAUACUCCCCAAUAAGAAGGAAGGAAAAACCAUACUGGAUCAUUAAGAACUCAUGGGGACCAAAUUGGGGAGAAAACGGAUAUUACAAAAUAUGUAAAGGUCCUAAUGUUUGUGGUGUUGAUUCCAUGGUCUCCACAGUCGUUGCAGUUGCCCAACACUAACAUUCUGCAAACCUACUAAUCUGUUUCUAAUUUCUAAUAAUUUAUUUUUA